AUGUCGGCCACGACGACGACGACCGCGACGACCGCGACGACCCCCACAGCUGCUUACAGCGUCGUCGCUUCGGGCAUGGCCAGGUCGACUGCAACCCUUCGCCCUCGCGGAACAAAGCGAAGGUUAUCGGCCCCAUCUUCCGUGCACCCACCCAUCAAGCUCUGCACGUCGUUGCCUCCUUCCCUAGAGGCCUUGGACCUUUCUUCAGCGUCACCAACACAAACUCUUGCUUCUCUACGUUUUCUUGUCCUUUCCUACCUUGCGGACCUCGAACGUCGCCUCAACGAAUUCGAAUCACCGGAUUUCGAGGCAUGGGGCGAGCUCAAGAUCGAGGAAGCGACCCAGUGGGCCCGUACAGCGCUUGAAAUGCUCGAGGGUAUCCGUGCGGAUGUAUGCUCACAUCUCCCAGAGUUCCACUUCGCCGACCUCUCCUCCGUGGAGAGCUUCGUCAGGUCGCACCUUCCAGACCUGCCUGACGUGGCGGAGAUGCGCUCACACCUGCCCGACAUGGCAGAGAUGCGCGCGCACCUGCCCGACAUGCCCCAGCUCCCAGACAUGACCGAAAUGCGCUCACGCCUGCCAGACAUGGAAGACGUACGAUCCCACCUAUCCGACAUGCGCCAUAAACUCGACGACGUGCGCACACGCUUUCACGAACUUGAUUUCAGCUACAUACCCAAGCUAUCCGAUCAUUUAGAGAACCUGCAUUCCCACCUGUCCAAGCUCGAAGCCCCCGCCGCCUCCUUCAAACCGAACAACAGCCUGUUCGACCUCCUCGAAUCGUUGCUGAACUCUGAUGUGAUCAAGGACAUCCUCGAUUCAACUCCGGAUGUCGCGGACGUCAUCAGCGAAGGAGAGGAGAUACUCGACUGGGCAACCCACGAAGUCGGCAACGCUAUUAGGCGUUCAUUCGAGGGUAUGCACCUCAUCAAUUAUUCCGACCUCCCUCAUCAGUGGCGGAAUAACCCAUUUGUUACAUACGGCUAUCGAUUUAUUCCACUAGAAAGAUGGCCUCUCAUCGUGAUGUCCUUAUUUGCAUUACACAACGAGACACUUAACAUCCACACGCAUUUAAUUCCUUUCCUCUUCUGGGCCAUCAACCUUAUUCCUCUCUUCAACGAUACCUACGCCUCCGAUGCGGCUGAGCUGCUCUUCAUGUCCUUCGCCCUGCUCUGCCUGCUGUGUAGUGCACUCUGGCACACAAUGUCGGGCUGCGCGGACCAUCGCAGCAUGGAACUUUGUGCGCGGGUGGACUACGUAGGCAUAGGAUGGCUGAUCAGCGCGAGCGUCGCCACCAUCGUGCAUUAUGGUUUUCAGUGCCAUCCACACGUCGGGCAUGCUUUCCUUGGGCUCUGCCUUGCCACCGGCAUAGCUGGCAAUGUUUUCCCGUUCAUGAAGUGGUUCAACAUGCACGAGUACCGCUUCCACCGCAUGGGCUUCUUCCUAACCCUUGCAUUCUCCGCCAUUGGACCCCUGGUCGCCCUCGCAAUCCUGCACUCCCGACAAGAUAUGUUCGCCUUCGUCGCGCCCGUAUUUCCGUCCCUGAUCUCCUACCUCGUCGGGCUCGCCUUCUACGCCGCACACUUCCCCGAACGUAUCCUGCCCGACAACAUCAGGCGCAGGCUGGACAUGAUCGGUGGGGGCUCGCAUGCGAUAUGGCAUUGCUUUAUCGUCCUCGCGGUUAGCCAGCAUAAGCAGGCGAUUGUGUUGAUGAGGGAGCAUGCGUUCUGCCCCGCGUUAUAA